UUAUAUAUAACGAGGGGCUUUAAAUGAUACCUUACUUAAAAGUUACAUUUCACACAAACACACCAAAUAAAAAAGACAGCAGAAAUGGCAAGCGUUUCUGAUGUGAAGACAUCUUACAAUUUAGAAAAUGCACAUCAAACCAUGAAGCAAGUGAAAGACAAGAAAAGAGACAAAUGUUUGAAAAUUGGACUUACAUUUGGCAUUUUAAUUGGACUAGUUGUCUUUGCAAUUGUUUUAGCAGUUUUAAUCACAGUGAUGGCGCAAAAUAAUUUCAACUCAGUUCCAAAUAACAACAACAACAAUGGAGAUUGUACAACCAGCGAGGUUGUUCAACCAAGAGUUACAGCACAUGAUGUGAACACUAUUAAAGCAGAUAUUACUGAGCACAUAAGAGAAAAACGACAAGGUGGGAGUCUCAUCAGAAUUGCUGGGUUUGUGAGGUUGGCAUUCCAUGACUGUGUUGGAGGUUGCGAUGGGUGUAUUGACUUAGGAAAUGGUGAAAAUGCUGGACUUGGUCUUUAUAUUGAAGAACUGGAUCCAGUCUACAGCAAAUAUUCAAAUAAAUUAAGUCGUGCUGACUUUUGGCAACUGGCAGGUAUCGCAGCUCUACAAGAGAGUGGUCGCGGUUGCAAUAACUGUAUUCACCCAUGGGUGCAGUUUGUGGCAGGGAGAAAAGACUGCAGCUCGUCUCCCAAAUAUGAUGGCCCACAUAGAAUGUUUCCAAAUAAUGGAGGCCAUGCUAACAUAGAUGAUGUCUUAGGAUUUUUCAAUUCAACAUUUGGUCUCUCAAGAUCCCAGCCAGAGCUAGCAGUUGCACUUCUUGGUGCACAUUCUCUGGGACGAACACAUAGAGGAGCAUCGGGAUGGGAUGGUCCCUGGGAUCUUACACCAGACCGCCUAGAUCAGAGCUACUACAGCGAUAUGAUGAGACUUAAUUGGACAGAGGUCGAGAUAAGCAAUAACAAGCACCAAUGGAAACCUCCAAUUGGAAAUACAAUGAUGCUACAUGCAGACAUGUGCUUACAUAAAGUUAUCAGUCCAAUAAACACAACAACAGGACAAUCUGCCUGUCCAUUUGCACAGCUCUGUGACAAUCAGCCAGAAACUUCUAAAUUUGUUCAAUUAUUUGCUGAUGAUCUUGAGGCAUGGGAGCGGAAUUUCCAGGCAGCAUACUAUAAGAUGAUAACAACUGGCUACACAAAUGCAGAGCUUUAUGUACCAGCUUAGAGAGAGACAGGAUAAACAAGUUGUUGUCAUUGGGGGGGAGGGGGGGGGGCAUAUGAAUGAUAUAUGACUGCAGAUUAUUGUAUAGACUUACAAACUUAAAUAUUUACAAAGACGGGGAAAUAUCAAAACAACAGAUAAAGGUAUCAAAAACCAAGUUGAGAUUUUGCUUCUUAAAAGAGGAAAUAUCUAAACAACAGAUAAAGGGAUCAAAAAUCAACAUGGACAUGUUGAAAUUAACAAAUGAGAUCACUAAGCAAUCAAAAAGGUUAUUUUUCUAUUAUAAUUUCUGAAACUAUAAAUCUACUAGCUUGCUGUAUAAGUAAUCAUUCUAACUCAUGUUUAAGUUUAUAGGAAUAUGAAGUUAUACCUGGUACUAUAGCAGUGACAUCUAUAAAAUGAGAAAAUGCUUAUUCACAACUCGUCGCAUUGUGCAACACAUAAUAAUGUAUAACACAAUAAUGAUGUUUAUAAGAUAUAAUGAAUAAAUUUACUGUUAAAAUAGCAACAAUAACAUAAACUACUGUAUUUAGUCUUUCAAAAGUCUUUCAAUUGGGCCAUAAGAAGUAAAAAUGUCACAACUUCAAAUACUUAAAAAGAGUAACAAUUUGUUAUAUAUGUCAAAUUACAGCCAUCGAUGUAAUAUGCCUAUUACAAGAAAUGACGGCUUAAACAAUAA